GGAAAUGAUGGAUGGGGGGGCACCGAGGCAGGGGGAUGGACUGGCUUGUUUCCUGAACGUGGAGCCCCUCCAGAGAGACCUGCCGCCACCGCCACCCUCACCCCCACUCCGAGACCACACUAGGGUUUCAAAUUGGGCAAGGGUGAAGGCAGUUCUAAAAGAAAGCAUGAUAAUAAAAAGUCCCCUGGACUGGGAGGUGGGAAAUUUACACGUACUUGGAUAAACCUCCUGUUUCCUCCUUGUCCUAGUUUCCUCCUGUAAUGAGAGGAAGGCGGAUUAAAUGCCCCCUUGGUGACAUUCUGUGUUCUAUUAUGUAGGUGUUAGUCCUAGCUUUGCCCCAUUACUAGAGGUGUGGCCUUGGACUGAUCACUUAACCCCACUUAAUCAUUUCUCAAAGGAAAAUUUCAGGAAACAGAUUAGUUCGGGAUUUGGGAAGGACUUCCUAACAGUUAAAGUUAUGGAAAAUACCGCCAUGAUAGGUGGUGAGUUCACUGUCACUGGCGGUGUUUGAGAAGUUGAAUGCUUGUCAGUUUUCCUGCAUCUGGAAGAGAGAUGGACUAUGUGAUUUAGACUCUUCAAUUCUAAGGCAACCAAAACUCCUAGCAGGACUCCUGAAGACACUGCCUCCCCUGUAGUGAAGAAGCCUCAUAUCUAUUAUGGCAGUUUGGAAGAGAAGGAGAAAGAGCGCCUUGCAAGAGGGGAGUCGGGGAUGUUGGGGAAGGAAGGCAUUAAAGCUGGAAUUGAGGCCGGAAAUAUCAACAUAACUUCUGGGGAAGUCUUUGAAAUUGAAGAACAUAUCAGUGAACGACAAGCAGAAGUAUUGGCUGAGUUUGAGCGAAGGAAGCGAGCCCGGCAAAUCAAUGUUUCCACGGAUGACUCUGAAGUAAAGGCUUGUCUUCGAGCCUUGGGUGAACCAAUCACACUCUUUGGAGAGGGCCCUGCUGAAAGGAGAGAAAGAUUGAGAAAUAUUCUCUCUGUGGUUGGCACAGAUGCCUUAAAAAAAACCAAAAAGGAUGAUGAAAAAUCCAAAAAAUCCAAAGAAGAGUAUCAGCAAACCUGGUACCAUGAAGGAUCCAGCAACCUGAAGACUGCUAGGCUGUGGAUUGCUAACUAUUCACUACCUAGGGCAAUGAAGCGCUUGGAAGAAGCACGGCUCCAUAAAGAGAUUCCAGAGACAUCUAGGACAUCCCAGAAGCAGGAACUGCACAAAUCUCUUCGGUCUUUGAAUAACUUCUGCAGCCAGAUCGGAGAUGAUCGACCCAUUUCCUAUUGUCAUUUCAGUCCUAAUUCCAAACUACUGGCCACAGCUUGUUGGAGCGGACUGUGCAAACUCUGGUCUGUCCCUGACUGCAACCUUCUGCACACCCUAAGAGGCCAUAAUACUAAUGUCGGAGCAAUUGUUUUCCACCCCAAAUCCACUAUUUCCUUGGACAAGAAAGAUGUCAAUCUAGCCUCUUGUGCUGCUGAUGGGUCUGUGAAACUGUGGAGUCUAGAAAGUGAUGAGCCUGUGGCAGAUAUUGAAGGCCAUUCAGUACGUGUAGCACGGGUGAUGUGGCAUCCCUCGGGACGUUUUCUGGGCACCACCUGCUAUGACCGUUCAUGGCGCCUGUGGGACUUGGAGGCCCAGGAAGAGAUUCUGCACCAGGAAGGCCAUAGCAUGGGUGUAUAUGACAUUGCCUUCCACCAGGAUGGCUCUUUGGCUGGCACUGGGGGACUGGACGCAUUUGGUCGUGUAUGGGACCUACGUACAGGACGAUGCAUCAUGUUCCUAGAGGGCCACCUGAAGGAGAUUUAUGGGAUCAGCUUCUCCCCAAAUGGAUACCAUAUAGCAACUGGCAGUGGAGACAACACAUGCAAAGUGUGGGAUCUGAGGCAGCGGCGUUGUGUCUAUACCAUCCCUGCCCACCAGAACUUGGUGACUGGAGUCAAGUUUGAGCCCAUUCAUGGGAAUUUCUUGCUCACUGGUGCCUAUGACAACACAGCCAAGGUCUGGACACACCCUGGUUGGUCCCCACUGAAGACCCUGGCUGGCCAUGAAGGAAAAGUGAUGGGCCUGGAUAUUUCCUCUGAUGGUCAGCUCAUAGCCACCUGUUCCUAUGACAGAACCUUCAAACUCUGGAUGGCUGAAUAGACCCAGUCCUUGGACAUGAUUCUAUAACUCAGAUGUCUAGUCCCAUUUCUCCCUUUCCUGCCAGUUUGGUCAGAAGAAGGGAAUUGGUGGGGAAUGUCACAAGUUCAACUUUGCCACUCACAGUGUGUGGAAUAGGGGUAGGUUUGCCCCAAGGCAGCUAGUCCAGUUCCCCAAGUGGUUCUGGGCAAUUCUACCCCCCAUUUUCAGGGACCCCACAAUGGACCAUGUCGGCGUUACUGGGUUUUUUUUACUUCUGCUAAAGUGGAUUCUUCCCCAUCUCCUCCUCUACACCCCCAGGAUUAUGAUACCUUUGUUCCCUUAAUAUAACUUCCAUCAUGUCCCCUGAAGCCAGACUCGCCAGGUCAUAGUCACGUACUGUAUUUGGAAGGGCCUUCCCACAAGCAUGUGACUGGACUGCAGCUCCGAAGCUGACAAGUGUAGACUUGAAUGUGAGUGUGCACUGCUCCACACAUUCGUAGCAUUAUCAGAAGAUAUGCCCUCCUCUAAGGAUUAAAGGAUGAACCAGCAGAACACAGGCAACUGACUAGGGACUCUGGAGUCCUUUUUCUGUUGGGUUCACAUGGGAUACUGAACCAAGUUACAACUGAAAACUUGCUUGGGAGGAAUUCUCUCUGCCAUGCUUGUGCCCAUUGGACUCCAGUGCUGGGCAUUCCUUUUUCUAUCCGCCCAAGCAGGGGGUUGCAUCAGGAAGCAAUAGUAAUAAAAAGGUCACCAAUGAGGCUUCCAA